AACAAUACUAGAUUUUAUCCUCUGCGGGUACACAUAGGAAGCUUUGUUGACGAGGGCGGUUUUCACUGACAUGGAAGCCGCUCUUUCCACUUACAGCUUUCUUCCAGAUGAUUGCAAUGAGAGUCAUUUCAUGGUUGGAUUUGUGUUCUGUAUUUUCCCUCUCUUAAAUCUUAUUUGAAGAGUUUGAUUUGAAGAAAUCCAGAGAUCUGAAUGCAUUUCGAAGGAUUGCAAAUUUCGUGUGGCGAGUUUGGUUUUGCCACACAUUCUGGAACUGAUCAAAGGAUUCUGUAUAUAUGCAAAUCGUUUGGAAUAAACGGAAGACGAAGAGGAGGAUAUGGCUGGAAAGUGGCGGUGCUUGUCCCGCCAGCCCACUGAAUGGUUGAAGGGCAAAGUAAUAGGAUCAGGAUCAUUUGGCACUGUUCAUCUGGCCAUCGAUAGCUCCACCGGAGCACUUUUCGUUAUAAAAUCUGCAAUAUCAGAUGCAGGGAUAACGUCACUCAAGAAUGAGGCCAGUAUUCUUGAGAACCUGGAUUCUCCAUACAUCGUCAAAUGCAUAGGAAAAGACGUCUCUUUCGCGGAAAACGGUGAGAUAAAGCACAACCUUUUCAUGGAGUACAUGGCUGGAGGCAGCUUAUCAGAUGUCGCACAGAACUUUGGAGGAGCACUAAACGAGAAACUGAUCCGUUUGUACACCAGAGAAAUCUUGGAAGGUUUGAGGUAUCUACACAAAAAUGGAAUUGUCCACUCCGAUGUCAAGUGCAAAAAUGUGCUCUUAGGCGCAUCAGGAGCCGUGAAACUGGCUGAUUUUGGAUGUGCCAGGAGGCUGAAUGAUAACAAGGUGAGUAGUCAUAAAACAUCAUCACAACGUUACAAUGGGAUCGGAGGGACUCCUCUUUGGAUGGCUCCUGAGGUACUGAGAAACGAGGCGUUGAACUUUGCUGCAGAUAUCUGGUCCUUAGGCUGCACGGUUAUUGAAAUGGCCACUGGCAGGCCACCUUGGGGACUCGAUGCAACGAGCAAGAACCCAAUGGCUGCAUUGCUCAAGAUUGCAAAAGGGCAUGAGCUGCCUGAGUUUCCAAGACAUUUCUCAGAUGAGGGGUUGGAUUUUCUGCAAAAAUGCCUGGAAAGGGACCCUGAAAAGAGGUGGACAAGCGAAAAACUAGCUGGCCACCCUUUUGUUACAGGGAAACUAACGUACACCCAAUGCUCAAGAAAGGAAGUUGCAUUUUCACCAACAAGUGUUCUUGAUGUUGCACGUUAUGAUUCAGAAUAUGAUGAUGAUUCAUGCAGUCCGGAUGAGCUUGUGAGCAGGGUUCCCUUCUCAGUGAAAUGCUGUUUCAUGGAGCAGAACUUUCUACUGCCAAAACAUGCAUCAGAGAACCAGUUGGAGUCAUCUGAUAAUUGGAUUACUGUAAGGAGUAGAUAGAUUUGGCAACGGAAUAGGGACAGAUUGUAAUUUGUAUAGGAUGAUUAGACAGACAGUGGUUAGGAUAGAUUCUUCCGUAGCAUUGGUUUCUCCUUUAUGCUACUCCUUAGAACUUUGGAGACGGGUCCUUGCUUAUUCUUUACUUUCAAUUCUCUUUUAAGUGAUUGUGUAAAGCAAUGUAAAAAUAACACUUUUUAAAUAUGUUCUUGUUUUAAGAGAAACGGCAGUGACAUAUUAUUUAAUA